AUGGCAGAUGUUACAGAAGAAAACGCGUUAAAGCCUCAGUUAGAAAAGCUGCAAUCUGAGUGAGUUACCUUUAUAUUACAAAUGAUAUUAUAGACUUCGAUGAAAUAUUGCGAAAUUGUGGUUUUAUCAAUAAUCUUUUUGGAUUUUAGAGGCAAUAUUCAAGAAAAUGGAGAUGGGACUGAUUUCUGUGGGCUUGGUAAGCCAGCAAAACAAAGUCAACUUGAAGAUAAGACGUUGCCUGGACAUAAUAUCAAGGUUUCCGAGGUAAGAAGAGGUAUCAGAAAUGGGCUGGGCGAGGCCUCAAUAAUUCAGGCUCAUACCGAAAAGAUCAAAAUUUUAAUUCACUACGUUUAUUUUGUCCACACUGAUUUCUAUUUAAUGGUUUAUAUCUGGUUUAUAAGGUUCUAGACAUACCAAUUUAAUGCAUGCUUUGCGUUGUUUAAUUUCACAAUUAUAGGUUUCGGUUUGUCCUUUAAACGUUGCCAAGUUUGAAGCAGAUGGUGUCGAAGGUGUGGAGAAUAUGGAGUUAGAUGAGUCGAGCAGAGAAGAGCUUCCAUCGAUGUUGUCUUACCUUUUCUACGCAAAUGAAGAGGAAUCUGAUGAAGUUUAUUAUCAAGAUGCUUUGUUUACAGGUGAUCCAGUAUUGUUGAAGUUGAAAGAGAUCAAGAACUUUCAAAUACGACAUUAUCGAGGGAUUCACAAGGUAGUAUUUAAUUUUGUCUUUUUCUAUUGCUUUUCACUCAAAAAGUGUUAAUCAUUUAAAUGUAAUGGUUUUAAAGUUUAAGAUUGUAUUGCCUUUUAGUACACAACUCACCAGCUGGACAAGAAUGAAUCAAUCACCUUGUGUCGUGUCAUUGCGCCGUUCGGUAUGGUUUGCACUUAUCAGAAGAGUCUCAACCAAUAUGGAUGGAGAUUCACGCCACAUGAGAGAACUGUCUUUUGGGACAUGGUGUUUACAGCAUUGGUGAAGCAACAUCCUUAUCUGGACACUAUUAAUAUUAGACACGUUUUACCAGGAUAUUUUUACUCUCUAAAACAGAGUUUACUGAAACACAAGCCGAGAAAUCGUGGAUGGAAGCAGGUUGGUUUUGUUUUAUAUUGUAGACAUACAUAGUUUUAUUCAAACUCUGUAGAAUUACAUUUUUAACAUUUUUGAUAAUAAUAUUAAAACUUCGAUCAGAUUUUAAGUUCUUGAAAAAUUAUUAUAAAAUGCUUAACUAAACAUAAACUGCUUUUUUAGAUCUACGACGCAGUACACGAUUGUCUCAGUCGUCGGCCUUCCGAAGCCCAUAUGAGCGCGCUGAGAGAGAAAGUGACAGAACAUCUCAAACUUACCCAUCCCAACUUAUUUAUUGUCAAACCACCAAAGGUCGAUCGUCCAAAACGAAGAUAUUCUUUCGAGUACCACGAGGAGCCUCUUCCAACUCGAAGUGGAGCAUGUUAUCAGCGUGUCAAGAGUGUAAUUCCUCUGGUCGAGUCAAAACUGUCUGGUAGGAUCAAGUUGGAGCCUGCAUGA